CCCCUCCAAAACCCUAACCGAGUUGUUUCCGGUGCCGGGGCAAAGGCCGAUCGACGCAGACCCCAACCGCCGCAAAGCAUUCGGGUUGGCAUUGCAUUCGCCGUGGCAUUCGAGUUCGCAGUCGCAUCCGAAUUUGCAUCCGCGGAAGCACAGGCACAGGCAUAGAUAGCAUGGUAGGGCACUUUUUGCAGCCGAACCGGCGGGGCGGAAGGUCCUCGCUGUCCCGGCCCGCUCCGGGAACGGACGGGGGGGCAAGCGACCGGACCGCGGAAGGCCUCGGCGUGUCCCUCGGGGCAGGGGCAACGUCGUCGGCGGCGGCAAACCCCGGCGUCCUCCGCGGGGGAUCCUCCGCCGAUGCCGGAACGACCCACGGCCACCACCGCUAUCCCUCCUGCCACCCGAACGGCAGCAGCAGCAGCGGUGGCAUCCACCACGGCCACGGCGGGGCGAACGGGAGCUACCCGCCACAGCAGCAACAACAUCAGCAGCAACAACAACAAUACCACGCGCACGCCGGAACGGCCUCCGCUCCGGUGCACCAUCCCUCGCCGGGUCCGCCAUCCCACUACGCGCUGCCACAAAACCUGACGGCCGAGGCCGUCGCCGCGCUUCCACCCCCAGGUCCGUUUUGACUCGUGGUGUUUCGUUUUCUUGUUGCGGCGGGGCCCGAAACGGAAGGAUCGGAGGCUUGUGUUGCCGGUUCGAACGAUCCGGUGUUCGUUUUGGGGUUUGUUUCGAUUCGAUUUUGGUUUGGUUGUUGGAUCGCUCCCGCCACAAAAGCUCAGCUCACCCCCGAUGCCUCCUUUGUUCUCUUUUGCACCAGGCCUGUCGAGUCCCACCGCCAUGGAGUUCAGUCCCAAGAGCAGCAGCAGCAGCGGAAGCCCGCGGGAGUCCCAUCCGUCGAAGUACCUCGUCUUUGUCUCCAAAUCGGUGAAACCGCCGCCGUCGUCGACUUCCGCCUCCCAGACCAGCAGCCGGCGGCUCCGAAACGCGGCGGCAAACCCUCGAGUGGACCCGGCCAUCACGGCGGCGAUGGUCUCGUCCAGCGAGCGGCAGCUCUGCGCCCUGGACCUGGAGACCUUCCAGACCCGGCCCCUGCUCCGGCUGCGCACGAAACGGCGGCACGACAGCGACCACCACUACCAGCAACAGCAACAGCAACACCACCAACAAUCAUCAUCAUCGUCAUCAGCAUCUUCAUCAUCACCAUCGGCCUUUUCCAUACUGUCCACACCGUCGGUGCAAUCGUCGCCGUCGCCGUCUACCUCGGCAACCGCCGCGCUGGCGGCAACGACGCUGGCCUCGCCGUCGUCCGCAACGGAUUCGCUCUCCCUGGAAGAACGCCUCCGCAGAGAACGGCAGCGGAUGCAUUCGUCGGGGGGUCUGACGCAGUUCACAUGGACGCACAACCACAAAAACACCCUGCGGAUACUCGUUCCGAUACGGGGGAGCCUGUACGUCCAGGACGGAAUCAUCGAAUCGACCUCCCACCUCCGGGUGGUCUACGACAAACACUCGAUGGAACACGUGCUGCGGCAAUCGCAGCAGUUCGUCUCCCUCCCGAUGCAGACGUCGGCCAUCGAUCCGCAGCUGAGCCCGGACGGACGGCUCUUUGCCUUUUGCGUCAUGGGCGAGAUUUUUGUGGCGCCCUGCCACGAGUGCCGCCCGCCGACCCAGGUCACCUUUGGGGCCGACCUCAAGCACUCCAUCACCCACGGACUGGCGGAUUUCGUGGCCCAGGAGGAGAUGGACCGGUACCGGGGCUUUUGGUGGUCCCCCGACUCGGGGGGCAUCGUCUUUGCGAGGGUCGACGAAUCCAAGGUCCCGCCGUACCGGAUCACCCACCACGAGUGCGAAACGACCACCACCGAAUCCUGCAUGUACGAGGACCACAGAUACCCCUUUGCCGGAAAGGCGAACCCGACCGUGAAACUCGCCUACGUCCGCGUCGACGCGGCCUCCCUGCUGGGAGAGCCCGCCCCGGCCGCAGGGGGCCUCGGAGCGGCACCGACGCACCAGGAUCCCCGCGAAACGAUGGUUCGGCACAACUGGCGCGAGGCCAGGUGGUUCUACCCGCCGAGGGAGGCCCAGGAGUACCUGGCCCGCCUCGACUUUCUGCCCGACGGAUCGGCCUGCGCCCAGUGGCAGAACCGGACCCAGAACUGCCUCGUCCUGGUGCGGAUGGACCUGGCCACGGGCAAGGCACGGACGCUGCUGGUGGAGCGCUCCGACAUCUGGAUCAACCUCCACCACCUGCUGCGGGUGUUGGACCGACCGAUCCACCCGCGGGAGUGCUCGAACGCGGGCUUUCUGCCCCCGCUGCCGGACCCCCUCCCGGAGGGAUCCUUUUCCUUUUUGUUUGGGAGCGAGCGGUCCGGGUAUUCCCACCUCUACCUGUACACCUACGUCCCCGGCGUGAACGGCGGGCAGGCGAUGCUGGUCCGGCAGGUCUCGGCCGGGGACUGGGCGGUGGAGGGCAUCGCCGGGGUCAGCCUGGAGCACAACGCGGUAUACGUCACGGGCACGUACGACUCGGUCCUGGAGCGCCACCUCUACGCCCUGCCGAUCGUCGUUCCGAUGGGGGGCAGCGCUUCCGCCGGCGGCGGGGCCACCCUUCCUGCGGGGGGAAGCGGCGGCGAUGCCUCCAUGGAGACGGAGGGCCUCUCCCCUCCGUCUCCCCCCGGCCACCCGAACGGCGUGCGGCGGGGCUUCAAGCACGUCAUGAACGCCCUCGCGGGCAAGGCGUCGUCGUCGUCGUCGCAGCAGCGGUCGGGGCACGGCACCGGCGGGACGUCCGGAUCCCUCCGCGGGAGGCACCCGGGCAAAGACCACAACCUUCCCGCGGCCAACCCCCUCCGGCUUACCGAGGAGCGGGGGAUGCACAGCGUGGUGAUGGAUCCGGACUGCACCCUGGUUGUGGACACGUCGUCGGACCUGGACCGGCCCACCUCCGUGAAGAUCUUCCGGGUGCCGGUGGGCGGGCCCUUUGCGCCGGUGCCUUCCUUUUCCGAACCGGGGACGGAGACCGUGGCCGAAGGUGGUGGUGAAACGAGUCCCGGAGCCACCGGGCUAAAGCUCCUCCACACCCUGUACGACGCCCGCCGCGACGAGAAAGCUCUGUCGUCGUCUCCCGAUGGGGCAUCGAACCUGGCGGCCCCGGAACUCAUGACCUUUCCGUCCUCGGACGGAGCCGAGUCCCUACACGCGGCCUUUUACCGCCCCGACCCACGCAUCCACGGGCCGGGACCCUACCCGCUCGUCUGCGCCGUCUACGGAGGGCCCCACGUCCAGCGGGUCAACCGCAGCUGGAGCCAGUGCGCCGACAUGAGGGCCCAGAGGCUCCGGUCCCUCGGGUUCUGCGUCGUCAAGUGCGACAACCGGGGGAGCUCCCGGCGCGGCCUCGCCUUCGAGUCGGCCAUUUCGCACCGGCUGGGCCGGCUGGAGGUCCUGGACCAGGUCGCCGCCGUCCGGCAGCUGACGGUCCGGGGCUUUGCCGAUCCGGCCCGGGUCGGGAUCUACGGAUGGUCCUACGGUGGCUACCUGGCCGCGAUGUGCCUGUGCCGGGCCCCGGACGUCUUCCACGUUGCCGUGGCCGGGGCCCCCGUUACGUCCUGGGACGGCUACGACACGCACUACACGGAGCGGUACAUGGGCCUGCCGUCGGAGAACCCCAGCGGGUACCGGGAGUCCGCCGUCUUUGACCACGUCCCGAACAUGAAGGGGAAGCUCCUGCUGGUCCACGGCCUCAUCGACGAGAACGUGCACUUUCGGCACACGGCCCGCCUGAUCAACCGGCUGAUCGCCAGCGGAAAGGACUACGACCUCCUGCUCUUCCCGGACGAGCGGCACUCGCCCCGGAGGCUACGGGACCGCAUCUACAUGGAACAGAGAAUCUCGGACUACUUCCUGAAACACCUGUCGGCCCCGCCGGCGGGCCACUCCGUGAGAACGAUCGCCGGUCUAUAACGCCCCGCUUUGUCCAGCCCAAGCGGGAGCUCCCGAAACCAGAUUGUACCCACACUGCACAAAACAGAACAUCUAUCCGGCAAGCCCGCUGUACGAAAUAGCCCUUUCCAAACAAACAAACACCCUAGCUAUAAACAAACCAUCGACUA